AUGGGCCGCUCACUCGUCAAAAAUGCCUUAUCCCACAAUGACCUCGUCGCCGCUGUAGGUCGCACCUACGAAAACAGCCCUGAGGCCAUGAAAGAUCUCGAAGAUGAGCACAAGAAUUGUCUCGGCCUCCUAUGCGACGUGCGAGCCCGCGAGACCGUGAAAAACGUAAUCGAUCAGACAAUCGCGCGGUUUGGGCGCAUCGAUGUGAUCGCCAAUUGCUCCGGAUACGGCGUGAUCGGGGCUUGCGAGGACCAAGACGAGUUUGACAUUCGGAAUCAGUUUGAGACCAACUUCACCGGCACAUUGAACAUGAUUCAACUGUCAUUGCCGCAUUUCCGCGAGCGAAGAGCUGGGCGGUAUCUUAUCUUCAGCUCCACGUCUGGUGCACUGGGCGUGCCGGGGCCAGGACCUUAUUGUGCGUCGAAGUAUGCUGUUGAGGGGUUGAUGGAGAGUAUGCUCUACGAAGUCGACAGUUUCAAUAUCAAGGGCACGCUUGUUGAGCCAGGACAUAUGCGCCGGGAUGAUACCGGGGACUUAGUCUCGCCCUCUGUGAUGGCUGCUGACCCCACCGAACAUAAUCUGUCGUCACCGCUGCCUUUGUACGGCCACUUUCUGGUGAAACCGCCUAGCGAACCAUAUAGUUCAUCCACAUCUCCAGCCGCACACGCCCGGCGUAUGCUGAUGUGGCUUGGAGAUAAGCAGCCUGCGUCCGCGGUGAAGGCAGCCCAUCUGGUCUGGGAGCUUGGGCACUGCUCGUAUCCACCAUUGAGGCUCAUCCUGGGAACGUAUGCUGUUGAGAGUAUUCGAGACCGAUUGAAGUGCAUUAUUGAGGAGAUUGAGGAUUGGAAAUAUCUCAGUUUCCCGCUGGGAGAGACGCAACCUGCGUCUAGUCGUGGUCGAGAAUCUACACAGGGUCGAGAAUCUACACAGCCGGAAGGGAACGAUGUUGCUGAAUGA